AUGGAUGCAAUAUACGAUACACUCCACAACAACUACAAGGUGGGGAUCUUUGAGAGUCCUACAGGAACAGGCAAGACUCUCUCUAUAAUAUGUUCUACUAUGACGUGGCUUCGAGAGAAUAAAAAGUUGGCAGGAACCAGUCCAGACCAAAACGGUGAAGACAAUCAAGAUGGUGUUGCUGAACAUAGUAUGACUGAUAGUGACUCUGAUUCUGAUGAUGAACCUGAAUGGGUGAAACAGGCGUACCAAAAGAUCAAAAGCCGUGCUAAUAACGAGGUUUUAGAAUAUGAAAGGUAUUUGGACAAGUUGGAGAAGUCUGAUUAUGGUAAAACAAGUGUUCAUGAGUUACUUAGUCACAAAAGGAAGAAGAUCAAAGUGUCUCCUAGUAGUAGUACUGGCCGUAAUGCUACUGCUAGUAUUAGUAGUGACGAUUUCCUACCUGAAGAUUAUUCUAGUGACUCAGAAACUGUUACGUCCUCUAACGAAGCAUUGUCUAAAGAAAUAUCUGACUUAUUACAUAAAGUUGAAGGACAUAACUCCACGAACUUGGAGAUCUCAGUACCUCGUACCACUCCCAAGAUCUUAUUCACAUCCAGAACUCAUUCUCAAUUGAACCAAUUCACUCACCAACUAUCACUCACCAGCUUUGAACCUUCAUUCGACGGACCAAAGGAACGCACAAAGUAUAUCCCAUUAGGGUCCAGAAAGCAAUUGUGUGUGAACAAAACAGUACUACGAUUGAGCAAUGAUACUAUGAUAAAUGAAAGUUGUCGAGAGUUACAGCUCAAAGAUGAACCUAGUCGAUGUCAAUAUUUAUCUUCUAAAGAUAUCCCUGAGACUAUGGCCAAGUUUAAGCACUUGAGUUUGGUUAAGAUCCAUGAUAUUGAAGAAGUAAAUGAAAUGGGUUCAACAAUGAAGGUAUGUCCUUAUUAUUCCCUAAGAUCUGCUGUUGAACCUGCUGAGAUCAUUUCCUUGCCAUAUCAACUAUUGUUUCAAGCUAAUAGGAAUGACAUUAAUAAUAUUGAUGAUGCCAUUAUAGUUGUGGAUGAAGCACACAACUUAUUGGACGUGAUAAACUCAAUGAAUUCCACGCAUGUGACCUUGAAUGAGCUCAAAUUGGUCUUGGGGUCAUUGAAAGCUUAUAUCACCAAAUUCUCCAAGAGAUUAAACAGUGGGAAUCGAGUGAACUUGAUGAAAUUAUUGAAAAUGAUUCAAUUAUUAUCCAAAUUUAUGGAAUUAAAUUCCAACAAUGUUAAAGAAGGCGAUGAAAUAAAUGUCCAUACGAUUUUUAAAGAUUCCACUGGUGAUUUACUAAACAUUUUUAAACUAGAAACAUUCCUUCAAAAAUCAAAAAUCGCCUUUAAAAUUGAAAGUUAUAUUCAAUUCACAUCAUCAUCAGAUUCAUCAUAUAAAAAGAGUCUUUCAAAUCCUUUACUUUUUAAACUUACGAAGUUCUUGAAAUGCUUAACUAACCCUUCAAAGGAAGGUAAACUUUUUUGGACGAUGACUCGGUCCAACGGAUCUUCAAUGAUUGGAAUCAACUACAUGCUUCUAGAUCCAUCCCAAGUAUUCAAAGACAUUGUGGAUCGAUGUAAAUGCAUUCUUCUAUGUGGGGGAACCAUGGAACCCAUGAAUGACUAUAAGGAAUAUCUUUUCCCCUAUGUUCCAGCCAAAGAAAUCAAAACUUUCACCUGUGAUCACGUUAUACCAGACGACAAUUUACAAGUGUACCCUGUGGCACAAUAUAAAGACACCAGGUUUGAGUUUCUGUUUGAAAAACGUAAUAACCGAUUGAUGUUGAACAAAUUAGGAGAGUUUCUAGUGGAAAUAUGUGAUAAUAUCCCCCAUGGAGUGGUUGUAUUUGUCACCAGUUAUAAAUAUUUGGUUACCCUUUUAGAAGUCUGGAAACACAGUGGUUUACUAUCAAGAUUCAACAAAAAAGUGUUCCAGGAAUCGUCAUCAUCAACUAUCCCAACUUCUAUUCUUGAAGAGUAUACCCAAUCCAUUAACGACCCCACAAAUAAAUAUGGGGCCAUUCUCUUCUCUGUGGUGGGGGGAAAGCUCUCUGAAGGGAUCAACUUCUCUGACCAACUUGCUCGAGCAGUUGUAAUGAUUGGGUUGCCGUAUCCCAAUGCAUUUCUGGGAGAGUUAAUUGCCAGAAGAAAGUUCAUAGAGACCAAGACUAUGGACCAAGGUGGGACCCUCAAGGAAGCUCAUCAGAAACUGCAAGAUUUCUAUGACAAUAUUUGUAUGAGAGCGAUCAUCGAUACCAACAGUGCAGAAUCCAACUGA